AUGGAGUGGUCCAUUUCCUAUCAGAGUAGAAAACAAGGUUUGCUUCAAAUACGAUAUUGUUUUCUUUAUCUUGUAUUAUUUUAAAAAAUGGAAUAUGCAUUAAUUUUGUGUUUUUUAGUGUGACACUAGCCUCCCUGCAGACGUCCUUUGGGGUUUGUUCGUCACACAUUCAUUUCUCCCCCACGAUGUCUGCUAAACACAGCCAACAUUUACGUUCUUGUUUGUUUGAAUAAGCCAAUAAACGGUUAGUUAUUGUGUCACGAUCAGCCAAUAACGAGCUGCGAUACAACUGAAACGGCACCUACGAAUUAUUUCUCACUUUUUCAGAGGAAUAUUUAUUCCAUGCCUAUGCAUGGAUGAGACUCCGAAGAAAGUUGUAAGAAGUGAUUUUUUUUGUUUUCUUUGCAGCUGUAAUUUAGGAAAGGACCAAGUCUGUGUGUUUAGAAAAAGCGCGGUCAACAUCGCAAGCCUCAUCAAACGUGCUCUGUACGUUGAUAUGUCUUUGUAUUCUUCAAGUGAAUUAUUUAUUUGCACAGCUAUCUUCUACCUGAGACAACUCAAAUGUUUUGAAAAAAUCACAGAAAUGAUGCAAUAAAGCUGUAGUCAGCUGUACAGUUUUGCCGGAAGUUGUUGUAAGUAUAAAAUAAUCUGCUUUUCUCUGAAAGACUACAGAAAACAGUGUCUCACAGGAGCGUGGAGCGGUUUUCAGCGCGGUUGAAAACAGUUCUUAUUAACUCUGUAUAUAUUCGAAGUAUUAAGAAAAGAGAACUUGGAAGUGUGUAUAGGGAAGAUUUUCAAAGCAUUCUUUGAAAACAAAGGGUGUUUCCUUUUUUUGUGAAAUGUAAUUCCACCAAGGUCGUGGCUCACAAACCAAGCACCAAUACGUGAAAUUUGGUUGUAUUUUUUCAAGAGUCGGUAAAACAAAAUAUUCGAAGUCUACAGCAAUGUGCUUCCAGCGGCAGAAAAUGGUUAUCUGAAAACUUGUUCUGCAAAAAGGCACGUCUUCCCGUUGCAUUUCAUUUAUUCACAAGCCAAGUAAACAUGACCCCGGUGCCACCGAAGUCCAAACUUCAAGCUAGAACGACAAAUUAACCUACCUGUCAACAAACUUUAAUUUGGCUCCUUCAAUGAAAGAAAGAAUGCUUAUAAUCAAUAAAUCAUUGGACCUUUCAUUUUUCACCAUAUUUUAUUUCUCAACGAAAUAUUUAAUCAUGCUGCAGCUUGGAAAAGUCGCGGACCAAGGCCAACAUACUAACUGUGCAAGUCACUUGCUAACAUUUCCUGCACUGAUCAAUCUUCAACUAAGCUUCUGGGCUUCCGCAAACAACAAAGAAAGCCCCUCUCUCGUAAACCCUCAUAUUCUCUUCGCUAAUAUCACUGAGCGUUACAGCAGGAAUACCAAUAUUUGCCACCUUUGUAGCUUGAUCUUUCCUAAGAUUUACCAGGGGCGAAACAAAAACAACAAUAUGUCCAGUAGUUCUACGCACUGUGUCGCAAAAAAGCGGCAAAGCUUGAUACAUAAGGGAUUUGCCAAAUCGCGUCGGCAAAUUUAUGAACUCAUCGGUCUUCUCUAUAAAAUUUGCAGGAUAGUUUCUCUCUGAUACUUGUUUAACUCUGUAUUUAUUACAAAUUUCUCGCACACCCGAUCAAAAGCCUCACUGAUCGUGUGAAUCUGAACAAGCUGCUCAUGUUACAUUUUACAAAAAUCUUUAAACAGCCGUAAAUGUCACCUGUGUUUAGCAGACAUCCGUGAGGAAGAAAUGAAUGCGUGACGAACAAACCCCAAAGGACGUCUGCAGGGAGGCUAGUGUGACGCUGGUAUUCAUUUCCUUCAUCCUAUUUUGAUUUAUCUCACCUACACUAUACAUGUUCAAUGUGGCUCAGUGCAAGCCGCACUGAUAAUUCACUUCAUUAUAUAAAUACCAAUGAAAUACCAGGUGAGCUUUCGCAUGAGGACUUGAUAUCUUCACACAUCAAAAUAACAUGUUAUCUUCACAAUGAAAAGAGCACUGUUGCUAUGGCUACAUAAUAAAUUGCACCUUGCGCAGCAAGAAAAAAUAAUGAAAGUAAAAUGGUUUGGUAUUUGAUUGGUGUUUCUAUAAUCAAUAGAACAUUACAUGACCACUUGGAGAUACAAAAUUUUUCUUCUUGUGUUAAAAAAUAUUUUACUUGUUUGCUGCUCUCAACCGUGAAAUAGUUUUUAACACUCAAAGAAAAACUUUGUAUCUCCACGCGGCCAUGUAACAUCCUCUAUACCUUGUAUGAGUUUUGGAAAACUUAUACAUAAAUUUACAAAAUUAAAAUAACAAUAAAAAUUAUGAACUCCAGCUUGAAUUUCUUCAAGCAUUUUUUACCAUUUUUAGAGGUAUAUCUCACACUCAAGACAGUGUUUCAUCCGAUAUCCCUGACAACUGAAACUCUUUUGGCUGUGCAUCUUUUUUUCUCCUGGUGUCUGGGUACCAAAUUUAACACUUUGCAUCAUCUUUAUUACUAACUUGUGAUUAUUAAAUUCAUUGAACAUUAGCCUGAGUAUCAGGCGUUUCUGGAGGAAAUAGGGACGAGAAGAGAGUGAAGGGGAGACAGCGACUUCCUCUCUGUCUUCCCUCCUGCACCCCCUCCCCCACCCUCUAAGUUCUCCUUUCCACUAACCCCUAAGGAAGGCUUUAUACUCGCGUUAAUCGAACACUAAUUCUCUACUGGAAUAUUUACCGUGUCAGGUAAAUCAUACCAGAUGUAAUAUAUUAUCUCCAUUUUUAUUUGUAUUAACAGUGGACCUGGUAUAGCAGGAUAUCGAGAGGAAAAUGGAAGUGAAUUUGUCGCCUCGGCAGGUCAGUACAUGAGUCCGUAGUAAAAAGAAGUAAGCUUACUUUAUAAUUACACAGAAACUAUUUGUGGUUGUAUCUAUCCACGAAUGGAUGAACAGAAAAUAUGGCUACCUUUUUUUUUUCAAGUUUAGCCAUUGUACCCCGAGAGAAAAACUGGGUUUUAGUUGGUUUCCAAAAUUGGCCAGAAUGCGUUGACUUUAAGUUACUCUUGGCUUUACAAAGCAGUUCGUCUAAGACUAAGUCUUCCAAAGAAGAGGGGACGUCGAUAACGCAUGGGUCGUCCACGCACGCAUGUAUAAUCAAGAAGAGGUAAUUUUGGCACUUGCUUGACAUACAAAACCAUUCUCCCAGUGAGAAAUAUUAUCGAGAGUAACGAGGGACUUCUUGACAUACCGGUAUAUUUAUUUGUUUAUGUACUAUUACAUUUUUUAUCUUGCCAUCCAAUAGUUAUAUUUCCUUUCACUGAUUAAACUUUUGCAACAAGAAACUGAAUUGCUGUCGUUGCUUUGCAGCCGAGGGAGGGUCGUUGUUGCCAAGGAUACCAUAUGAAGAGGGAUUUCGUCGUUUUGUUGUGCGAAUAGACCGGAUCGGUCUAAAAGAUGCGCAUGUUUACCUAAAUCCUUUCAUCACUGUCUCUGUUAAAGGUACUGAUAAAACAUUUCGCGCUUUAGUUAACUGACAUUUACAAUCAUACAUAGAAAGCGCGAACAUUACGAUAUUGUGAAGUGUGCGUUAUACUGCGUUUUUCGUUAUCGAACGUGUGAAACGAGCAUGACUUGCUUGCAAGAUUGAACUCAGUUCCUCUACUAGAAAAGGGGCGGGCUUGCAUUCUGUAGAGCGUGAAAUUGUGUCAGUCAGGAAAACGUUUUCUUCUUUGUCACCGGCCAGAAUGUUAUCUUCUGAGCAUGGAGUGAACCUAAAGAACCUAAAGCAUUAAUUCCGUUCACCUGUGAACGGAAAGCUCCCGUGAAGGAGGCAAACUGAAAUAACCAGAUCAUUUCAUUUCUCCACCAACUAUUUUUUUUCCUGAACUAUCCCGUCCCUGAAAAGAGGCGCUUAAUUGAAAUGUUCACCUUCACUAGACCGUGUUAGAGAGAGACUGAGGCUGAGACUGAGACUACGUGAGCAGUCUUUCUUUUUAGUGGAGGUUCACCGUGAGACACCAGAAACGAGGGAGUCUCGUCUCGUCUCAGAAAUAAGAGAGACUGCCUGACUUGUUACAUGGUUUUUUCAUUCCUGCAGACGCUAACAGUGUUAAUGUGACCCCGCCCCAAGAUACACCCAUGUCAAACAGAAAAGAUGGAAAAUAUAUCAACUUUGGUUUUGAUGUGGAGAUUCAAAAACCAAUAGAAAAGCUUCCAAGAGGUAAAAAUGAUAAUAAGCUGCGACGGAACUAUUUAAGGUUAACCUGCGUAGCAGACGCCGGUUUUGUAAGGGCGAACAGAGAAAUUUCGUGGACGCUCGCGCGCACUAGGGAGAACGUAAAACUUAACCACAAUACUUAACCAGCGCCUUCUACGCAGGCUAAUUCCAGGCUAACGAACGUGUCUUUCUUUCGAGACCUUGAAAAGGUAAGAAAAUUUUUUUCCUCAUAAUUAAUUUUUUUUUGUUUUAUCCUGUCUUUCGUUCGAAGGUACAGCGAUAUUUUUCGAAUUCAAGCACUACAAACCCAAAAAAGACAUCGUGAGUACGAGAUGUUUCGCAUUCAUGGAACAAGAUGAGUUCAAGCCGGGUCCCGCCUGCAUAGAACUGUAAGUAGUCAGGCUUUGUUUAUAAACGGCGAAGUUUUUAAUUUUUUUGUAGGUCUACUGGUUCCGUGUACUACGACUACCCCCUCAUUAGGGCUCACGAAAUACGCGAGCGCGCGUGAGAUUCGCUGCCCGCGAUGACAGGCUACACGCGGUGGAAGGAGAGAAAUGAGAGACCUUCAUUUUCUCUUCUUCCUCUGUCUCGCCAACGAGUGUCUCUCUUUCCUGUUUUUGCUGUGUCUCCUGUGUCUCGCGGCGAUUUUCCCCCGCGCUCGCGUACUUUCUGCAUCCUAUUAUCCCUGAGAAAGUCUGUUCCAGAAGUUUAGAUUGUGGACAGUGGCGCAUAAUCCCCCACUCGCCGCCCCAACUCUGCUAACUUCUCUUUGUGCACUGCACCCUAUCUCAAUCCCUGGAAAAGGCUUUCUCCGAAGGUAGUCAAGGACCGCUCGUAUUUUACUGAAUCUGCUAGCUUUCAAUUAACAAAGCUAACCGAAUUAACCUGUUCUUUUAGGUAUCAGAAGCCAACAGACUUUCACCGCAAGAGGUUAAAUCUGUUGACGCAAAAACCGCUUUAUCUUCAUGUCACACUCAACAUUCUUGAUGAUUAG